UCCUCGGAAAUGUGUGAGCGCAAUCUUCUCAAUUCUGGCUAUGUUGGGUCUCUGUUGAAUUUCCCCUCUCCGGACUCCUUUUAUUUCCCAAGUUUGCGGGGGAAUGGAGCGCAGCUUGCUGGUCUUCCCCCGAUAUCCUACACCCGGAGAGAGGUGUGCUCGCUCCCGUGGACUUCCCCAAGUUCGUGCGCAUCUCCGCCACAGAGCCGCGCCUACAGCGGCUAUUGUCAGUCCUUUCUGACCAAUUCAUUACCUCUAAGUACCAAUCCUAACCACCACAACAAGGGACCACUGGAAGAAUCGAGUAAAUACUACUUCCAGGAUGCAGACCUCAAAGCAGAGGAGCGAUGUAGACAAGCGCCAUCUUUUGCCGGUGAACAAGAAGUUAUCAGCUCUUCCAUCUCCACUAAAUCCGAAUUUUCUAACUUGGAUAGACAAAUGCAGAGAUCAGCAGUCCAUGCUGACCUGAGCAUCAGUGGCCAACCAAUUACAGAUGGCAUCAAGCCGGCUUUCAACUUAGAUAUGACAAUGCAGUCAUCUUCAGGUCAUUCAUGUGCAAGAGCAACCGUUGCCGAUGGUCCGCCUUGGUGUCCUUCGCAAAUGAGGACGAGAAAGAAACGGAAACCUUAUACAAAACAACAGAUUGCUGAACUUGAGAGUGAAUUCCUGCUGAACGAAUUUAUCAAUAGGCAGAAAAGGAAGGAGCUUUCGGACAGGCUGAAUUUAAGCGAUCAACAAGUCAAAAUCUGGUUUCAGAAUCGGAGGAUGAAAAAGAAAAGACUUGUCACGCGAGAGCAUGCACUCUCGAUAUACUAAAUCAUAAAUGACCACACUGCAAGAGACUCAUUUCCAGUACAGGAAAUAUUUUCGAGAGCCAGAUGUAUGUACCACAGACAAAUAUAUUUGGUAAAAUAUUUUGUCUGAAACUCUUCAUAACGUGUAAAAAUACUAGAAUCAUAAAAGUAACAAUUAAUCAGAAGAGUUUUACACCUCACAGGUGCUGCUGUAUCUUAAAAGCUGGGAAAUGGGUACCUGUCAUUUAAUUAUAAUUGUGCCAUUCUGUUGUUUUUUUUAUUAUUCUGAUGUAGGAAUGAAGUAGGAAUCUAUGUUUAUAUUAUGCGAAUUUAAGUUAAAAAAUAUUUUUAGUCAGGCAUGCAAUCUGUAUUUAACUAUAUAACACAUUUUUUACACUUUCUUUUACUUUGCAAAACUGUUUGCAAAAUAUUACGAAAUAUUUAAUUGUAAUUUAAACUGAAUGUGCUGAUUGCACGUCUGUUACCUGUAUCUACAUUUGCAAGCUAUCGUUAUAUUCGCUGUCUUUGUAUUUUAAACACUUUUUUUGGAAAAAAUAAAGACAAUAAGAAGUAUGAGAGAAACG